UACAAGUCGAGGCUCGAUCGUCCUGCACUGGAAAAGGGGAUUUGUUUCUUGUAUUAUCGAGAGAGAUCGAGGAAUUCUCCAGUCUUUGUCCGCUUUUGCCGCCUACCGCUUCCCUUUGCAAUUGUUGGCACCCGUCGCGCGUGUUUGGCGAAUUCACCACUGCCUCUCGCGCCCCCCAUCUCGCAUGCUCCGAUCCAUUGCACUGCCCUUAGCACGACUGCCGACCGAAUCGCUGUGCGGCACCGCUUCUUUUCCCGGCUCCCCCGACCGCCCGGCCCCGGGAAACCUGUCUUCUUCCGCAGUCUUCCGUCGACGCCCCUCUAAGUUUCUUUCGCGACCGCGACCUCUCAACGGCGCACAGUGUUUCUGACGACCUCGAUCAAACUGGCGCAAUUACAGCCUCCCCAUCUCUCCCCUUUGCACCCGGAGCCGACGCCACCCCCGGAUAUCAGUCAGCAAAUCCCCUUCCAUCCUGACUGGAAGAUGGACGAAAGCGCGGCCACCGAAGGCCUGUCAUCGGGGCCACCACUGCCCUCAGCUCCUGAGCCCGAGGCGCGGCCUACUUCUCCGAGCCUGGCAGCGACGCACCCGGAUGCGCCUAGUACAGCCUCUGGCAGUACGCCCUUGAACCCGCUCCCGGGUAUCUCUACAUUCGCCCCUGGUACGGGCACCCCUCAGAUACAGCAGCCUAGACCUGUUGCGAUCGCGCCUGCGAUGCCUCCUAGAACGUCGCCUGCGAGCACCCAUCCUGGCCCGGGUGGUAACUUGUGCUUGCAGAGGGAUUUGCGAAUCAAUCCAAGGACGCACGGGUAG